UCGGUGACCUCAAGCUAAAAAUAUCAACGCAUGCUCGUCACUCAAAGCCAACCACUUUCUUUAUUUUACACGAUUAUUAUCACAAUACAAUAAGCGGUAGGAAAUGGAUGGAUGAAUGCAAAUCGAUUAUUAAAGUUGAAUUCAAUGUAACUCCGAUGUUGCGUAAUCCCGACCCCGAUUUACCAUGAAUUGAUUAACGUGGACCCCGACUUAAACAAGUCGAAAAACUUAUUCGGGUGUUACCAUUUAGUGGUCAAUUGUACGGAAUAUGUACUGUACUGUGCAAUCUACAAAUAACAGUAUCAAUCAAUCAAACUGUUACAUAUGUCAAGUUGUUGCCCGACUGGGGUUCAAAUUCCAACGUGUCGUGUUUAUUUAUUCAUGUUUUCAUGUACUAUUUGUGUAAUUAAUAAAACAAAUAUUGAUUCUGCUUUCACAUUUACAUGUCUAGUUACAAAAUGGCAAAAAAAAAAAAAGGCGAGCAGUAAUUAAAAUCAGCUGGUACAAAUGCUGGAAAACUGCAAAUAUUUUUUUUACUCAAAAUACCUUUUGUAUUAUUUUUUCAAACAAUAUCAUGUAUGUUUAUAAAGCUUUUGAGAAACUAAAACAAUUCCCCAAGAAUGUGCAAAAACUAUUUACAAAAUCAAACCAAAAAAAAACGUGUAUAUGUUCAACUAGACACCAGAUGUAUUUUAGACGAUAUAAUGUAUAUUCAUUAAAGGCCUACUGAAAUGAGAUUUUCUUAUUCAAACAGGGAUAGCAGGACCAUUCUAUGUGUCAUACUUCAUCAUUUUGCGAUAUUGGCAUAUUUUUGCUGAAAGGAUUUAGUAGAGAACAUCCACGAUAAAGUUCGCAACUUUUGGUGCUGAUAAAAAAUGCCUUGCCUCUACCGGAAGUCGCAGACGAUGACGUCACAAGGGGGAGGGCUACGCACAUCCUCACAUCGUUUAUAAUGGAAGCCUCCUGCAGCAAGAGCUAUUCGGACCGAGAAAACGACAAUUUCCCCAUUAAUUUGAGUGAGGAUGAUGAUAUUGAUAAAUGAUAAAUGGGUUGUACUUGUAUAGCGCUUUUCUACCUUCAAGGUACUCAAAGCGCUUUGACACUACUUCCACAUUUACCCAUUCACACACACAUUCACACACUGAUGGAGGGAGCUGCCAUGCAAGGCGCCAACCAGCACCCAUCAGGAGCAAGGGUGAAGUGUCUUGCUCAGGACACAACGGACGUGACGAGGUUGGUACUAGGUGGGAAUUGAACCAGGGACGCUCGGGUUGCGCACGGCCACUCUCCCCACUGCGCCACGCCGUCCCCAAUUGAUAGCAAAGGACUAGAAAAAAAAAAUGUGAUUGCAUUGGGAUGGAUUCAGAUGUUUUUAGACACAUUUACUAGGAUCAUUCUGGGAAAUCCCUCAUCCUUCUAUUGUGUUGCUAGUGUUUUAGGGAGAUUAAAUAGUACCUGUAGUUGGAGGGGUGUGUCCACGGGUGUCUUGAGGCCAGUCUCUGAGGGAAGUCGACGGCAGCUGCAUGGACUGCGCAAGCUCAGCUCAUUUCCGGUUGUUGCUGUUGCUGCCCGCAAGCUGGAGGAUGCGCAGCAGUUUGCAAAAAAGCACAGCAUCCCUCAAGUGUACGGCAACUACGAGGAGCUGGCCAGAGAUCCAAACAUCGAUGUUGUGUAUGUUGGCACGAUCCAUCCCUGCCAUCUGAAAGCGUGUUUGCUCUUCAUGGACGCCAAGAAAAACGUUCUGUGCGAGAAGCCCCUGGCUAUGAACGCCAAGGAGGUGAAGGAUAUUCUGGCCUGUGCAAAGAGAAACAAUGUCUUCCUCAUGGAGGCCGUGUGGACCAGAUUCUUCCCGGCCUCAGCGGAGAUCCGCCGGCUGCUAGCGGAAGGUGAGCUGGGCGAGGUGAAGAUGGUGAGGUCCGAGUUUGGCGCUCCGGUGAUGCAUUUACCGAGAUCCAUGCAUAAGGAGCUUGGCGGAGGUGCGAUGCUAGACAUCGGCAUCUACUGCCUGCAGUUCACCCUCAUGGUGUACGGCGGAGAGAGACCCCAGAGUGUUCAGGCCAUGGGCGUCUGUGCUGAGACUGGGGUGGAUGAAACUGUGGCGGUCACUCUGAAGUUCUCCAACGGCAGGUUGGCGGUGUUCACGUGCUCCUCGAGGAUGCUGCUCCACAAUGACGCCAGUAUCGUGGGCACCAAAGGCAACAUCAGGGUUGGCAGCUGCAGCUGACUUCACGGCGCCAGUGAAAGGAUGACAGCACAGAGAGAGAGGAAGGCAUUUUUGGUUCUCUGCCAGUGAAUAAUUUAAGUUUGGCGUUUUGUUUUUUCAUUAUUACAAGGAGGACUUAAAUAGACAUUAAGUAUUUUACUUAACCCUCAACCCGACGUCUUUUUCGGAGUUAAAAACGUUUUGUUGCAUGCAGAAAUUUUAUUUCAUUUUUUCUGCAGUCGUUCAUUGAUUUCAUAAACGUAACCCAUCAUAGUUUUAUACAUAGCACAAAGCAAAAAGAAAAUUUUAUAUGCAGUUAUUUCAUUUUUUAAUUUUAUUUUAUUUUAUAUUUAGAUUUUUUUGUCCUAUCCAGCUUCUCAGGCAAAUCAUAUAGUAGAUGUAGAUGCCCAUAUCGGCUGUUCAAAUUUACUUUACAGAAGAGAAGUGUAGGAUACUUCUCUUGUUGCCUUAUUUAAAUUUGACUUUAUUAAAUGUAUUUAUAUUAUCAUUUUGUGCAGCCGGGCUGGAGCAGCAAGGGAUAGAAAAAGAAAAAAAGGAAGACAGAGGGGGAAAUUGUGGGGAUCAGAGGGGGAUUAGACAGUGUUAUUUCAUUUUAAAUUUCAAAAGAGUUUUGUGGCUCCCAUUGUUUUCUUUAAUUUGUGAAACGGGUCAAAAUGGCUCUUUGAGUGAUAAAGGUUGCCAACCCCUGUUGUAGACAAAUUAAAAUAGUUGUUUUGCUUUACAAGUGGACGAAGCUACUGACAGCAAUAAAGACUGCCUGUUCAUCGCAUACAUCCGCUUUGUGAAUGGCAAGUCACUGUGCGAGGAUUUACUGUUUUGCAAAUACAUAAAAAAUUGAGCCACUGCUGAUGAGCUGCUCAAGAUAAUGGACAGUUUCCUCAAAGAACACGACCUUAAAUGGGAAAACUGUGUGGGCUUUUGCUCCGAUGGCGCACAGACCAUGGCAGGGUCAAGAAACGGGCAGCAGGCUCCCCAUAAAGAGGGUUGCGCCAAAUGCGCAUUGGACACACUGCGUCAUUCACCGGGAAGCGCUCUCGUCAAGGCAGCUCAGCCCUAAACUCAAUGAUGUUUUAACAGAUGUUGUGAGCGUGGUAAAUUUUAUCAAAACACGAAAAAGUGGCACUUUGAAUUUAUUUAUUAUUGAACUUGAUGCAAGUUAUUUGAUUUAUUAUUGAACUUGAUGCAAGUUAUAACACUUUUAUUUGAUUUAUUAUUGAACUUGAUGCAAGUUAUAACACUUGUUUUAUUUAUUAUUAAACUUGAUGCAAGUUAUUUUUUUUAUUAUUGAACUUGAUGCAAGUUAUACCACAGCUGC